AUGGCUCACCUAUGUCCAGAUGGAUGUCAGGCACAUGUACUUUUUCCAGUAUCGUCACUCGAGAAAUUGACUCUGGGACGAUACCAUGCGUCGGAGUUGAGUACUAACCGGAAUCAAAGGCAUACACAUUCUAUAACAUCGAAACGGCAAGUUGACCGUACGAACAACACAUUCAUCAAUGCAAACAUUGACGAGUCUUACUAUUUGGAUCUGCCAGGUGAAUACAAGCGACAGAGUGACUCGGGUCAUACAGUUGGCCGUCACAACAAAUUGCUGAUAUAUCAACAUAUGGUUACCAAAGUCAAGUCGGCAGUUACCAAACUAACAGUCAUGUUGGGAUUGAAAUCUGGUAAAGUCAUAUACUGUGUUAAAUUGGAUACACCAUACUUCAAACCAAACAACAAACAUCGAUUGUAUAGGCAACACCAGGACAUCACAGGACCACUAUGCAGUAUAACUGACAUGCUGUGA